GACGUCGCCGACGGUGGUUGUGUUCCGGUAUGCUCGCAACAUGGACGUGUGGAGUGGUAUGUCUACACCGUGCGUGCGCGCAACCCCUGCGUCUUCCCUGAGCAUCCAGCCUGUCAGCGAGUACGCGCUCAAUUUCUUCGACAGAGAAGCGGUGCCGCUAACUGCUCCUGUAACGGCCCUGAACGGCAAUCUCCGAGAUCGCGCGGCUGGCUCUGUCGCACGCGGGUGGUGCGAGCGGGACGGUGCAUUCGCGGAAGAAAGUGCUGCGCCGAGUUAUGUAACGAGAUACACACUGCCAAUUUGUACGCCAACUAGUACAUCCACAGCUGAGCCGACGAAAGAGCAACAAGGAGACGCGGGCGGUGGGAGCAGCAGUGCAGCGAGUGGCGGGCCAAGCAGUGGGGUUGCGGGCAGUAGCGCUGGGGCCAGCUCUAGCACUUCGGUAAACUGUGGCAAGACGGCGCCUCCUUGCAAGGUGUGCGGCGACAAGGCUUCGGGCUACCACUACGGGGUCACCUCCUGCGAGGGUUGCAAGGGUUUUUUUAGGAGAAGCAUCCAGAAGCAGAUCGAGUACCGUUGUUUACGUGACGGGAAGUGCCACGUUAUCCGCCUAAAUCGAAACCGCUGUCAGUUCUGCAGAUUCAAAAAGUGCUUGAACGUGGGAAUGAGCCGCGACUCCGUUAGGUACGGACGUGUGCCGAAACGAAGCCGCGAGGAAGCAAGCAGCUCGGAGGCUACGCCAUGCCUUUCGACUGCUGUGACAUCCUCAUCGUCCUCUUCGGGAUUAUCGGCAUCGUCGGCAUCGUCAGCAUCGUCGGCAUCGUUAGCAUCUUCGCCCGGCUCUUCGCUGCUGCUUCUCAGGGCAGUGGCGACUCCUUCCCGGGAGUUCCGCCCGGAGAUCCGAAACGCGAUGCAGAUAGAGGUAGCCUUGGAGCUAGCGCGCGACCUAUUAGUCGCGCACCGCUCCAGCAACACAUACACUGAUGCGCUCAAGAGUACCCUGAAGAUCAAGCCGCUGCAGCUCAAGAAGGAGGAGGAAGAGGAAAGCGAAGAUUCUAGUGACGAAGAGACUGCUACUUCGACUACGGGCAAAGUCAGGGAUGUGAUCGCGAGCCUGUGGUACAACAUCGCGUUCCGCAUGACGCCUGGGGUUCAGCAAGUGGUGGAGUUCACCAAGCGCAUUCCGGGCUUCACUCUUCUGCCCCAAGACGAUCAGCUGAUACUCAUCAAGCUCGGGUUCUUCGAGGUAUGGGCUUCGCGCGCUUCUUCCUUCUUCACCCCCGACGAUGUCGUGUUCGACGAUGGGACAUCCUUCAACCAGACCCAUCUUGAGACCAUGUACGAUACGGAUUUCUCGCACUUCUUGCUGCGCUACGCUCAGCGCGUGGCGAAGUUGCGUCUGUCCGAGCCGGAGAUGGCGCUGUACACUGCCUGGCUGAUGCUGUGCCCCGUGCGCGCCGGCCUCACCGACCGCGAAGGGAUUGCCGCUCUGCACAAAUCCGUCGAGGACGCUCUGCAGGUCAUGUGUCAGGUGCACAUGACGAGGCUGGAAACCAACACGCGACUCGAUGCGCUGAACGCGGUGGCGGUGGACGCGUACAAGCUGGGGGCGCGUCACGAUGAGCUGUUGGGCUGGUGCCGCAUCAACUGGCAGCGUCUGCUGCUGCCAGCGCUGUUCGCGGAGAUCUUCGACAUCCCCAAGGCCGAGGAGGAAGAAAACGCGGUUGCUUUGGCUCCCGCCAUGCAAGUCCAAGUAUAGAGCUCCGCCAGACCACCACACCACUAAUUCGUAAGGCAAGGCCAAACUAACACGUCUGACCCGCGUCGUCACCGCGUCAAAAUGUGCGUCCUACUUUUCAUUAGACUAUCUCAAACCGGUCCGUCCUGGUUGAUCGUAGAUUUUCACGCCAACGCGGCCGCCUAGUCGAUGCGUUAGUUUGGCUUUAGCCUUAAACAAAUGCUUAUUCGUCAACGGAAUUUCGAUUGCUUUGAAUGUAUGUAGUGAUGCAAUUAUAAAAAUAAAAAAAAAUAAAAAAAAAGCUAGUAGUUUCUGAGAUUAGCGUUUAAUACAUACGAAUUAAUUAUUCAACUUUAUAAUAUUAGAUAUAUGGUAUGUGUACGAACUGUCGCUACAUCCACCUUUUUGAAUUCUUGGUGUUUAACUAUAUUACUUACUUAUAAUAAAUUACAUAAAAUUUUAUCGAAAAUAGUCAUAUUAAGUCGUUAAUGAAGAUUCAGUAAUGUAACUCAACAGUAAAGUGGGCAAAAGAAUAGUUAACAUUUAAGAGAAUAUAUGCAGAAUUAAGAAAAUACAGAAACCGUUUACACGACUAAUACUGAAGCAUCAAAAACCCCUCCGCUUUAGUAGUGUUUCUCGAUUAGGCGGUUAGUAAACAUCAUUUAGCAGUUGGCAGAAAUUAUUUUACCUCUCAUGUUCUAAACGUUUCUCAUACAAUGGGAAACUGGAAUAAAGAUUGUGAGCUAGCAACAUUGCGCGGGUGGUAAGGGAGGCGUGCGCGGGGCGAUUUCAAAUUUUGACACCUUACCUACUUAAUUCAAUCAAAAAGAAACGACAACGUUAUUUAUUGCAUUGCUGUAAUCUCGUAUGUAGGUACACGAAAGCAAGUUAUUAAAAAAAAAAAAAAAAACAAUUGAAAUCACUAAUCACAAUAGAUUUAUAAC